AUGCGAUCCAGCGCAACAAUAACACAAACUCAUACUCUACUGUCUACUAUUAGCUGUCGGGGUGUCUUUUUCUUUUUUUCUUUUUUUGUACACAGCUGUCAAAGUGGAGCUUUGUACCAUCAGGCUUCAGCUGAAGCGGUAGCCGUGGAGCAGCAUGGCGUCUGAUGCAAGCCACGUGUUGGAGGCUGCUUUAGAGCAAAUGGACGACAUCAUCGCAGGCUCUAAGGUGAUGGUGGAGUUCACUAACGGUCUGCCGGAUCUGGGUUCUCCAGUCAGCGUGGGUCCGCUGCAGGUGUUACAGUUAGCAGAGGAGCUGCGUUUGGCUCUGGAUCUUCAGGGUGGAGAAGGUCGGGACACUCUGCGCUCAGAGCUGCCCUGUUCCACAGCACAGACCCUGCUGGAGUGGUUAGACAAAGGCAUGGUUAACCGCCAGCCUUGUUUGAACAAUGAGACAUAUCAAGAGCGCUUGGAGAGAUUAGAGGGGGACAAAGAGUCUCUGGUUCUACAGGUGAGUGUUCUGACGGAGCAAGUGGAGGCUCAGGGAGAGAAGAUCAGAGAUCUGGAAGCUUCUCUGGAGGAACAUCACUACAAACUUAUCUCCACUGAGGAAAUGCUCCAGCAGGAGCUACUGAACCGCACCUCAUUGGAGACUCAGAAGCUGGAUUUGAUGGAUGAGGUUUCGUAUCUGAAGCUGAAGCUGGUCAGUAUGGAGGAGGAUCACAACCACACGGAUAAAGACGACAAGCAGCACAAAGCUGAGUGUGUGGUUAAUGUGAUCAGCGAGCUGCAGGCGCAGAUGCGCAAAUUCCAGCAGGAGAUCACUACACGCAUCCAGGAGCAGCGGGCUCUCGAGGGCCACCCGGAGAACACGGUUCUCGAUGUCCACGACCCGCGUUACGUUCUCGAUCGUGGUCCGGACGCUGACCUUAGCUCGUCAGAUUCAGAGGACUUUGGAGGCCACGCUUCCGGAGGAGACAACCAGGUUUUGGAGCACGAGCUGCGUGCUUUGAAGGCCAAAGUGGACGAUUUGGAGAACGAGAAAUCUCAGUAUGAGAGAAAGCUGAAAGCCACAAAGACAGAGAUCACGGAGCUUCAGCAGCUUUUGUCGUCCAAAGACGCAGAGAUCGAGAGUCUACAGAAUCAACUGCUGUCUAGAGGAAAUACCGCCAGCGACGGCAUGGAACGAGAGGAAGUGUACAGGAGGAAAUUAAAAGACAAACAUAUGGAGAUGCAGAGGCUGAAAAUUGGGAUGGAGUCACUUUUAGCUGCCAACGAUGAAAAGGAUCGUCACAUAGAGGAGCUCACAGCGCUGCUCAGCCAGUACAGGAAGUGUAAAGACAUGAUGGUGCUUUCUCAAGUGUGUGGUGAUCGCUUGCUCUGUGGCAGUAGUGAUGAGGAUCUCAGUGGGAGGUUGCGAGCACAGCCCCAUAAGGCUCACUCAGACAUCGUGAGAUCCGACCUGCAGAUGUCGUCAUCUCGAGGGACACCUCAACUUUUACUGCCGUCAAUGUGUCUACAAAAUGAGCUGGAUUCCAGCUGUCACAGUCUGCAGUCUCCUAUGGACUGCAACAGCUUGUACAGCGGACAAUGGUCGACGCUCAGGAUGUUGUCUUCCAGCCUUGAGGAGUUAAAGAGUGGAUCCAAACCCAGGAACCGGCUCAUCUCAGACAGCAGUAAGUACCAGACCCUCCCAGGGAAGUUGUCCAGACCGGAGCAAAACGGAGAGAGGGAUCGGCGCUCAUCUCCGCUCCAGUUGUCGCCUGACGAGAGUGAAGAGAGCGAGAUCAACAUCAACCUGACAAAGUCGGAGAAGGCAGACGAGUCCACGUUGUCGGAUAUAUCGCCCUUGUCUUCAGGCAUGGACUCGGGCCAGCAGUCGCCUGUUUCUCCUGAGAACAGGAAGAAUCAAAAAGGCAUCAGGAAACUGUGGGGAAAGAUCAGAAGGACGCAGUCUGGCGGUCUGCCUGCAGACGGUGUGGACGAUUUCAAGAGGGGAGGAGUGCGGUCCACAGCGGGUCCUCGGCUAGCGGGCGGGGGCAACAGAGAUUCAGCACGAGAUAUGAACAACACUCCCUUCUCAAAGUGGACAUGUGAUCAGGUGUGUGCCUGGCUGGAGGAUUAUGGGCUGGGACAUUAUGUCCCCAUGGCCAGUCAGUGGGUGAGCAGUGGACAGACUCUCCUCUCGGCUUCACCGCAUGACUUCGAAAAGGAGCUGGGAAUGAAACAUCCGCUGCACAGAAAGAAGCUACAGCUCGCCCUCCACUCCUUCACCACGCGGCAGAGUGAGAAAUCCGCAGAGCUCGACUACAUCUGGGUCACACGAUGGCUGGACGAUAUCGGUUUACCUCAGUAUAAAGACCAGUUCCACGAAGGCCGUGUGGACGGGAGGAUGCUGCGGUACCUCACUGUGAACGACCUGCUGAUUCUUAAAGUGACUAGCCAGCUACAUCACCUAAGCAUUAAAUGUGCCAUCCAUGUGCUGUACGUGAACAAGUUCAACCCUAACUGCUUGAAGAGGAGACCGGGGGAUGAGUCACAGAUGCUGACGUCACCGUCAGACGUGGUGCAGUGGUCGAAUCACCGUGUGAUGGAGUGGCUUCGCUCAGUAGAUCUAGCCGAAUACGCUCCCAACCUGAGGGGUAGCGGCGUGCACGGGGGUCUCAUCAUCCUUGAGCCGCGCUUUAACUCGGACACACUGGCGAUGCUUCUGAACAUCCCGCCCCAGAAGACCCUGCUGAGGAGACAUCUCAACACCAACUUCAACUCUCUAGUGGGAGCUCAGUCUCAGCUGGAGAAACAGGAAUACAUGGAGUCUCAGAGCUACACACCUCUCUCCACUACAGCUAAAGUCCGGCCAAAAAAAAUCGGGUUCUCCAAUUUUAGCCAGCUCCGAAAGAAGCGCCCUGACGACCCUAGCAACUACAUCUGCCCCCUGGAGGCACCGAAGGUUCUGCCGCUGCUUAGCGAUUCCCAGCAGCCCAACUCGGGCGUACAGGAGCGGGACCCUGAGAGGACGGAACAGGUGGGGCCGGUACUGGGCUCGAACUAAACUAACCACCCACCUCCCCCUGAGCUCACCACCAACUACCCUCCCAUUCACUCAUUCCCUGAUCUCCUGGGCCACACCUCCUCAGUGCCAUCAUCUAAUCCCACCAUCCUCCACUCACCGACACGACGUGUUACCGAGUGACGAAGACAGACUCACUGUGAACUCUGAGCUUUCAUAAUUGUAUGAUUUACUGCGAUGAUCAUAUCACGUCACGUCAUCAUCUUCCAUUUUAGAAUUUUGUGCUGUUUGGGGAAAACAGGAUUGAUGACCUUGUGCAAUAUUUGUACAUGUAUUUAAUAUUUAUAGUGAGGAAUUUGAACAGGAAUCAAUUUUAGGGAUCAUUUUUAUAUCUUUUCCAUAUUCAAGGGGAUAUUUUUAUAGACCAUGGAUACACCGCUUCAUAUUGCGAAGCACUUUUGUAUAUAUUUAUAAAUGGGUAAAAAAGAUGAAAUCUAUGAAAUAUAAUAAUCAAUAAACCUAAUCCAUCACUCACUAUAUGUUACGGUUGAUUUUAUUUUCCCAGAUAAGUCCUAAUUUAUAAUAAUGAAUGAAUCUCGCAAUUGUACAGUACAUUACAGUUUAUGUCAAAGUGAAUCCAGUUCAUUUAUAAAGUCCAUAAUAAAGUGCAUUAGAAACA